AUGGGAAGAAAGCUGCGUCACUUGCUGAUUUUCCUUCUCAUCAUCCUGAAGGAACUCAACACGCCAGCAGCUGACUGCAGCUGUAAACCACGCUGCAGAUGCUCCGACCUGGGCCUCACCAGCAUCCCACAGAACCUCCCAACAUCCAUAUCUUUUUUAGAUUUGAAAGGCAAUCGUAUCACAAAUAUAAAAAUGCUUCAGUCUGGUACAUUUACAAAUCUACCCCGGCUAAAGGUUUUAACCCUCAGCGACAAUCAGAUAUCAACGAUCCAACUCGGCACAUUUACAAAUUUACCCCUGCUACAAGAGCUAGACCUGUCCAAAAAUCAGAUAACAAUGAUUCGACCUGACUUCUUUGAAAAUCUGCGCCAGCUCAAAAUAUUGUAUUUGUCCUCCAACCAGAUAACAAUGAUUCAACCCGGUACAUUUGCAAAUCUAAAUCAGCUCAAAAUGAUAGGGCUGUCCGUUAAUCAGCCCAGUGGGCAAAACAAACAACAUGAUAACAACACCAACUUUGGACCAAUCAUCGGUCAGAAUAAGCCCUAA